UAAUCCUGCGUCAGACUCGAGCAGAAGGAGGAAGUGACAUUUACAAGUGUCCUUGUGCAGGUGCGGCUUCCUGAACGUUGCGGUCUGAAGGAGACAUUAUCACCAUGUUUAGGCACUUAAGGACCCUGCAGCAGAUCUCCAGAAGGACCCUGUCCAGUUCUGCACGCAGACAGCUGGAGAAUAAAGUCCCUCACAAGCAGAAGAUGUUUCAGGAAGACAAUGGCAUGCCAGUUCAUUUGAAGGGAGGCACUACAGAUGCUCUCUUGUACAGGGCAACGAUGGCGCUUACUGUCUUUGGGUGCGGUUAUGUGCUGUAUGCAUUAAUCGAUGCAGCGCUGCCCAAGAAGAAGGAUUGAACAUGCCCCUCUAUUCAUGUGUCUGAGUUGUAAAGAUCUCUAAUCCUCACAAUUAGAUGUCCUGUCAUUUAUUUUCAUUACAUUGGAUGAAUAUUUAUUGAUUGUACUGUAAAGCGCAAUCAUUAUGUAAUAAAACGUUCCACUGGCAGUCAGUGUUUGAAGAUUUCUUCUCAAUUGUAUUUUCACAAAAUUUCAUUAGAUUUAAAGUUACGAUGCAGCGGAAGUAGUGACAGAUCUUCUGUCCUGUGAUGUGCAUCCGAGUGAAGCGGAUUAUCGGAAAAGAAAAGAUAUAGGACGGGACUUUGGUUCUAUGCAUUGGUUGUUGAUUGGAUGUUGAUAUGUGGGC